AUGGUUCAGGAGAAGGUCGUGGCCCGAAUGUGGACAAACAUAGACAUUCUCGGGACAAAUGCUACUGGAAAUUUGGGACUGCUUCCCGAACAAAAGUUCACAGCUGUUAUACGAAUGUUGGCUUAUGGCUCAUCUGCUGAUCAAGUUGAUGAGAUUGCCCGGAUGGGGAAGUCCACUGCUUUGGAGAGCUUGGUGAGAUUUUGUGAUGCAGUUGAAACUCUGUACACUAGGGACUACCUGUGCAAACCUACGCCCAGGGACCUCCAACGGCUUCUACAAAAAGCCGAAACUCGAGGAUUUCCAGGAAUGAUUGGUAGCAUCGACUGCGUGCACUGGCAGUGGAAGAAUUGCCUGAUUGUGUGGCAAGGAGAUUAUGGGAAUCGGAAAGGCCAAAAAAGUAUCAUCCUUGAAGCUGUUUCAGGUUUUGACACCUGCGUUUGGCAUGCUUUCUUCGGAGUUGCCGAAUCUCAAAAUGACUUGAACGUCCUGGGUCAAUCUCCGGUGUUCAAUGAUGUUUUGAGAGGUGAAGCCUCAAAUAUCACCUAA